AUGGGACAUGGGCAAACUUGGUCCAACUUGGAGUCGCCCAACAUUAGGAGAGAUUGGGGUAGCAAGAUCUUCAGCCUCCUCGAACCCGGGGAGAUGGGACAUGGGCAAACUUGGUCCAACUUGGAGUCGCCCAACAUUAGGAGAGAUUGGGGUAGCAAGAUCUUCAGCCUCCUCGAACCCGGGGAGAUGGGACAUGGGCAAACUUGGUCCAACUUGGAGUCGCCCAACAUUAGGAGAGAUUGGGAUGUGCUGCGGGCGGGACGCAUCCGCUCCGCCGAGGAGGGCUCACAGCCGUCCGCUUCCCCGCAGCGUCUGCGUGGGCAGGGCCACCGGGUUGCUGGGGUUCCCGGGGCACCCAAAAAGGGCGCCAGAAAUGCCGAGGGCCUGGGGAAGGUGACCCUCUGCAGCGUGUCCCCGUCCCCUCCGGCGGCCGCCCUGUCCCGGCCGUGGCGCGAGGGGGAGAAGCCGCGGGAAGCGAGGGAAGACACUUCCUUCGGCGACGGAUCUGAGGUCACCUCCUGGUCCUUGAUCCCUCCAGCCCGGGCAUGGGUCGGCUCCUUGGCCAUGGGCAUGAUUUUUUUCUGCUCUCCCAUCGUCAGCAUCUUCACCGACCGGCUCGGCUGCAGGACCACGGCAGCCUCAGGAGCUGCCAUCGCCUUCAUCGGACUCCUCUCCAGCUCCUUCACCAAGUCUCUGGAAGUCCGUUAUUUCACGUACGGGAUCCUCUUUGGCUGUGGCAGCUCCUUCGCCUUCCAGCCCUCGCUGGUCAUCCUUGGUCACUACUUCAAGCGCCGCCUUGGCUUGGCCAACGGCAUCGUGGCCGGCGGCAGCUGCCUCAUCUCCGUGCCGCUCCCCUUCUUCCUGAAGAUGGUCGGGAAGGCCAUCGGGCUGGCGCAUACUUUCCAAGUACUCAGUGCCUUAAUGCUCAUCCAGAUAUUCUUGUCCCUGACCUAUCGGCCCAUCUUGCCACCUUCUUGUGACUCUCAGCACGACGGGCAGGACAAGCUGGGCAGCCGGAGCAUGCGGCAGCAGUGCUGGUCCCAGACGCGCAAGUAUUUCAACUUGAGGGUUUUCCGGAGAAAGACCUAUCGGAUUUGGGCCUUUGGGAUCGCUACGGCUGUCCUGGGAUACCUUGUACCUUACAUGAACCUGGUAAAAUACGUGGAGAAGCGAUUUCAAGAAACGAAAAAGGACUGGAUCCUCCUGGUUUGUCUCGGGGCCAUGUCAGGGCUGGGGCGCUUGGUUUCAGGCCGCAUUGGCGACUGCAUUCCCGGGCUGAAGAAGAUUUACCUGCAGGUUGCGUCCUUCGUGCUGUUGGGCAUCCUGUGCAUGAUGAUCCCCCAGUGCCGAGGGUUCGAGGGCGUCAUUGUCAUCUGCCUCUUCCUCGGCCUUUGCGAUGGCUUCUUCACCACCAUCAUGGCCCCCAUCGCCUUCGAGCUGGUGGGGCCCAUGCAGGCAUCCCAGGCCAUAGGGUACCUCAUGGGGCUGAUGGCCGUGCCCAUGACCGCGGGUACGCCGAUCGCAGGAUACCUCAAUGAUUAUUUUGGGAAUUACGACGCGGCCUUUUAUUUUGCCGGAGUGCCCCCCAUCAUCGGCGGCUUGGUGCUCUCCGUCGUCCCGCUGGUCCAUCAGAGGAUGCUGAAGAAGCAGCGCCUGGAUUCCGGCAAAGACAAGAUGCUGGUCUCGGAGGCGGUGGUGAACGGGGAGCUGCUGCCGGGCUGCCCGGCCUCCGAAGCACACAUGUAG